UCAUUUGUCUCCGCCCCCUCAGGUACGACCGCCUGCUUAGGAUCCGAGCUCUGCGCUGGGAGUAUGGCAGCGUUCUGCCCGCCAACGUUCGAUUCCACAUGUGUGCAGAGGAGCUGCAGUGGUUCAGUCAAUAUAAAAAGUCUUUGGCGUCGUUUAUGCGUUCUCUGGGCGGAGGAGAAGGUCUCGACAUCACGCAGGACAUGAAGCCUCCCAAGAGUCUUUACAUCGAGGUGAGGUGUUUGAAGGACCACGGAGAGUUUGAAAUUGAUGACGGGACGGUGAUUCUGCUGAAGAAG